CCCCUUAACCUAGUUUUAUACGUCCCCAAAUAAAAACAUGGCUAAUCAACAGAAAGUCAACUUGGGACGUCUGCUUUUCAAAAGAUUACGUCGUGAAUUGCAAGAAACAGUUAAUUCAAAGGAGAAAUUAGCUGAUGUACCUACAUUUCGAUACAUAGUGAGCCAGUUUCGAGAACACCAAGUUACGAGUCAGAAGUUAUGUAAGGGGCAGAAUGAGGUGAUGAUGGUAGGACAGACCUAUCUUUGUAUGCUAGAGAGUUUGCGAAAAUCAGAGGAAUUAGCACAGAGGUACAAAACUACAGAGAGAUCUGUUGAAGAGAGUGCCAACCUUGUAGGACUUAGAACACCCACAUCUCAAUCUGUGGAUAAUAAAUAAGCAGAACAGUAUUGGAGGGGGGGGGGGGGUUUGAUAAGUAUUUGGUGCUGAUGACUUGAAUAUUAUAACUUUUUUCCCACAUACACUGGCUGUAUUGUGUAAAGAAGCAUUUAUGAGUGAUGUCAUCUUUACACUUUUCUUGCCAAGAUUGAUGGUUAAUUUAU